AUGUCGGAGAGAGAGAUGUCCUCCGACGAGGAGGUCGACGGCGGCCCCACUGCGGAGAUGGUCACGGUGGAGCUGUCGUCGACGGAAGAGGACAGCGGCGGUGAAACCGUGACCCCCGUGGUCUCGUCGGACGAGGACGACGACAGGCGGGCGGCAAAGGCAAGGAGGAGUUACCGGCAGCUCAGGCGGGCCGUGGCGGGUGGCGACUUCAUCCGGUGCGGAACGGAGGCUCCGUCGGGGGACCCCGCGGAAGUGGUAGCCAUCAUGGCCAGGCGCCAAUGGACAUUGCGGAAGUUGCAGGAGCAGCAGAGGGAAAGGGUGGCGGGCACGACCACCGUCUCCGCCGAGGGAGGCCCCGCCGAGGGCAUCACCAUUGCCGUUGUCACCGCCGCCGCCUCCUCCGCCGACGUGGGUGAAGUUGCCACCACUGCCGCGAGGGCCGCCGCCGCCACCGGGGUCGCCAGCGGCAAGGAGCACGCCGCCGCUGCCGCAAGGGCCGCCGCCGUCGUCGCCGCAACCGCCGCCACGACCGCCGAAGCUGCUCCGUCAGGAGUCAUGUCCUGA